CAAGCUUAGUAUAAAAGGCUCAGCCAGAAGCCCAGCAGGUUGGAAGACUGUCAACCUUCGGCCAUGGAGCUCAGCGUGCUCCUUCUCUUUGCUCUGCUCACCGGACUCUUGAUCCUCCUGGCCAGAGGCCGCCCAAAGGCCCGUGGCCACCUCCCGCCUGGCCCCCGUCCUCUGCCCUUCCUGGGGAACCUUCUGCAGAUGGACAGAAAAGGCCUGCUCAAAUCCUUCCUGAGGUUCCAACAGAAAUAUGGGGAUGUCUUCACGGUGUACCUGGGGCCAAGGCCAGUGGUCAUAAUAUGCGGGACAGAGGCCAUUCGGGAGGCCCUGGUGGACCAGGCCGAGGUCUUCUCUGGCCGAGCGAAGAUCGCCGUUGUUGACCCAGUUUUCCAGGGACACGGUGUUGUCUUUGCCAACGGGGAACGUUGGAAGGCCCUUCGACGAUUCUCUCUGGCCACCAUGAGGGACUUCGGGAUGGGAAAGCGGAGCGUGGAGGAGCGGAUUCAGGAGGAGGCUCAGUGUCUGAUGGAGGAGCUGCGGAAAUCCCAGGGCGCCCUCCAGGAUCCCGUCUUCUACUUCCACUCCAUCACCGCCAACAUCAUCUGCUCCAUUGUCUUCGGAAAACGCUUUGACUACAGAGAUCCUCAGUUCCUGAGGCUGCUGGAGUUGUUAUUCAAAUCUUUCGUGCUCAUCAGCUCCUUGUCCAGCCAGCUGUUCGAGCUCUACUCCAGCUUCUUGAAGUACUUUCCUGGCUCACACAGGCAAAUCUACAAAAACCUGCAGGAAGUCAACGGCUUCAUUGACCGCAGUGUGGAGAAGCACCGUGAGACCCUCGACCCCAGUGCCCCCCGGGAUUUCAUUGACUGCUACCUGCUCCGCAUGGAAAAAGACAAGUCCGACCCCCACAGCCAGUUCGAUCAUCGGAACCUCAUCAUGUCUGCUCUGUCGCUGUUCUUUGCCGGCACGGAGACGACCAGCACCACGCUUCGCUAUGGGUUCCUGCUCAUGCUCAAAUACCCACACAUUGCAGAGAGAGUCCACAAGGAGAUUGACCGGGUGAUUGGCUCAGAUCGCCCUCCAGCCCUGGAUGACAGAGCCCAAAUGCCAUACACAGACGCAGUCAUCCAUGAGAUUCAGAGAUUUGCGGACCUCAUCCCCAUUGGUGUGCCCCAUAUGGUCACUAAAGACACUCAUUUCCGAGGGUACAUCCUCCCCAAGGGCACAGAAGUCUAUCCCAUCCUGAGCUCUGCUCUCCACGACUCGCGUUACUUUGAGAAACCAGAUGACUUCAACCCUGCCCACUUUCUGGAUGCCAGUGGGGCAGUGAAGAAAAAUGAUGCUUUUAUGCCCUUCUCCAUAGGAAAGCGUAUCUGUCUUGGCGAAGGCAUCGCCCGCACCGAAUUAUUCCUCUUCUUCACCACCAUCCUCCAGAACUUCUCCGUGGCCAGCCCUGUGGCCCCUGAGGACAUCGACCUUACUCCCCAGGAGAGUGGGGUGGGCAACGUGCCCCCAAAAUACCAGAUCCGGUUCCUGCCCCGUCAAAGGGGCUGAGGGAAGGCGAUUAAGGAUGCCAGGGUCAUAUGCGUCCCCACCUCUGCAGAGAAUGGUUCCUGAACCCUCUCCCUGUCUUCUUGCCUCUGGACAGGCUGUGCUGUGAGCCAGCAUCCCUCCCCUCCAUCGAUGCCACCUCCAUGGGAAAGUCCCAUCUGUGUCUCACCUCCUUCCGUCCCUUUGCAGCUCUUCUAAACUCAAGGAGGUGUUUUCCUUUCACCUAUUAAUAGAAUUCCACAAGUGAUGUAUACAUACAUAUAUAUAUAUAUAUAUAUAUAUAUUUGGCUAAAUAAAUGAGGCAAAGAAUGAAAACUUGCCUCAGUAUCUCUCGGCAUUUCUGCCUCUGCACCAGAGCUUACAAAAGUGACUAUUCCCCUCUUGAGAAUAACCACAGCCUCCCUUUCUCCACAUCUUGGGCUCCAUGAUCUGUGCAUCCAUGAGCUCACUUGAGUCCUUCCAGAGCCCUAUGCAGUGAGUACGAUGAUCAUGCCCAUUGUACAGAUGAGUAAACAGAGGCCAUGCAAUGGCCAGCAUGGUCUGAGGUGACCUGGCUAGUGAGUGGAGAAGCGAGAUUCACACUCUGGGUCCCUGGCUCUUGAACCUAAACUCUUCACACAGCUCCUUUCUGUCCCCGAGAUAGAGUUUAAAAUGAAGAUGAAGUUCAUGACUUGUAACUAACCAAUCUCAAGUGUAUAACGAGGUGGCACUUGGUUCAUUCACAAUCCUGGCCAUCACCAUCAUCUAGUUUCAGACAUUUUCCUCACCCAGAGGAAAACCUGGUACCCCUUAGUAGCCAUUCCCCAUUUUCCCUUGUGUUCAACCCCUGGCAAAACCAAAUGCUUGCUGUCUCCAUGAACUUGCUAUUCUGCACAUUUCAUAUAAACGGAUCAUACAAUGUG